CAUCCAUUUUUUAGAAACCCAUUCUGUCAAUAAAACGCCAACGUUUCGCGUGAAAAAUUAAAACUAUGUAAAACUGAUAAUUGCAAAAACAUCUCUAAUACAGUUAGCUAUGGCGAUGCCAAUCGCUACUCUCUCUUCUUCUUCUUCUACCUUCAAAAUCCCAUCUUUUUCUUCUUUAACCCUUAGAAACCAUAAGCAACCAAUUUCACCUUUCUCUUUACCAAUCCAAACCCAACUCUCCAAUUCCAAAUUCACCCACGAAAGGUUUGGGCUUUUUGUAUAUUCUAACAAUAAAAAUUUGGGUUUAUGCUUGAAUGCAGGAAAAGGAGAGAGGAGUAACAGUGUUGUUGAUGAUAAUGAUGAUGCUGAAAUUUUGGCUAGAGGAGAGAGCACUAUGCCUGAAAGAUUUAGGUAUUUGACCAAAGAAGCACCUGACCCUCCUGUUAGAUGGCCUUGGUUUAUAGCACUGGGUUUCCUUGUCUAUGCAUGGAGAGCUGUCUUAUUUGAAUUAGCUAAUUGGAAAAACGGGGCACUGGCAGUUGUUAGUUUUGUCAGUUACCUCUUGAAACUUCUGUUGGCUGUUAUCUUCCAUUUCAUUGGGGAUCCAGUCACUUCUUUGAUCAGAUUCUUAGAGACUCUAAUCUACAUGGUUCGGGCCUACUAUUCUGGUAUAGUUUCUUAUGCUCCUGUUCCGGAAUUGACUACAAUUAUUGUGCUGUCAUCAGCAGUUCUUGCCAUUGCUGAAGCUGCUGCUCCAAACUCCAUAACCAGUCAACCAUAUCUUCUCACAAUAUCUGGCCUGAUCGGCUAUGCAGCGGUAAGGAACUAUAUCUCUGAGCCACUCUUCUGGACACUUCUACUGGGUCUGUAUGGUUUCUCACUAUUAUUUAAAAGGAGAGAUCAUGUUACAUCUGCUUUGCCUUCUGCUGCUGUAUUAGCUGCCAUCGGAGAACCCUGGGUUAGAGUUCUGGUGAUGUUUGCUUAUCUCGCUCUAGCUAUUUCUCACCAUUCAAGAAAGCUCAUAGAAGGUAAGGAAGAAGUUAAUGUUGUGGCAACUGGUCGGAAGGUUCCCGUACCAUUGUUUUGCGCAGCCUUGGCCAUUGGAAUUCGUCUUGCUGCUAAGUGGGCUGGGUACCGGCACUUGACAUGGAUGGUAGUAUAAGGAUGAUAAACAAUUGCGUGGAAAUUGUAGGAGUUGUGAGUUGGCCAAUGGUGAUGUUCUGGUUCUGGCUGUAGCUGUGCCAGGUUUUCUGUAGUUUAGAUAUAAUUCUGGCGUUUCAAAUAAUUGUACGAGGUUUAGGGAAUGAAGAGAUAUUGUACAUUGAAGAGAAGUAUCAAUUAGGUUGGGGCUUUAUGAUUC